AUGGCGCACGCGUCAGACAUGGCGGCGGAGAAUGGCGCGCGUGCGGACGCGCCGCGCACAGACGACCUGAGCAUGCUUGCUCCCGAUGCAGCAGAAAAGAUUGAGCAGGGGAUUUCGUACAAAAAGGUCGGCAACGAGGCGUUCCUAAAGAAGGACUACUACCUUGCCGGUCUCGACCAGACACCCGCCACAGGGUUGUCUGCGCAGGCAAGGCCCGCAGCGCAGAGCCAAGGCGGUGGCGUACGCACCGACCACCGCGAGCUGAGCCAAGUGCGCUCAAACAUGGCCGCGUGUUAUUUGCAGCUUGGCCGGUAUCACCGCGCGGUCGAAGCGUGUAAUCAAGCCCUUGCGCUCGAUGCGCGCAACGUCAAGGCGAUUUUCCGGAAAGCGCAGGCUCUGCGUAAAGGCGUGAGUGUGUUUGCGGCACACACAUGGCUCGAAUCUGAUACGGCGCGGCCGUUCCUGAACGAUCCUGCGUUCCAAAAAGAGCUGGAAGUGAUUCAGGGCGUGGUCCGCGAGCACGAAAAGAAGAGCGCGGCGGCGAUGCGUGGUUUUUUGUCCAAAUAA